AUGUCUAAGUUUGAAAUAUCAAAUAUUAAACCUAACCCCUACAGAAACUCUGAUGAGACAUGUAAAGAUCUAGCAUGCAACCAGAACUGUGAGAUGGUACAUGGAGUACCCCAGUGCAGCUGUAUGAGAGGAUUCUAUCUCAGGGAAAAUGGACUCACUUGUGUGGAUGUUGAUGAGUGCCAGAGAAAUCAUCCCUGUGAGCAGCUAUGUCGUAACACUCGGGGGUCAUUUAGGUGCAGCUGUCAGAGAGGAUAUGUACUGAAUACAGAUAGGAAAACGUGUAGACGUGUUUAUGGGAUUGGUGGGCAGUAUGUAUACAAGAGUGAAAAUAUUGAGAAAACCACCUCUCAGAGCCCAGACCAGCAGCAGCCCCAGCAAGAUGACCCUGGGCAAGUUCUGGUUGGGUUUGGUUUGCAGUUUAUAGGAGACGAGGACCAGGAAACCACUACAGAACAAACUCAUUCCACAAGACCAGCAGAUGUCAAUAAUGCUGAUUUUAACACCCCCAAACCUGAAAACAGUGACAAUAAUCAAAUACGUCACAAUUCAAGAAUUGAGCACAGGUUUGAGAAUCAGAAUAAUCAGUAUGAUAACACAAGGGACACAAUGGCAAGAAGAAAUAAGUAUUAUAAAGCUUGGUAUCCACAGUACAAUCAGAGAGCCAAAACAUACUACAAUCAAAACCAAGGGGCCAGAACAUACCAUUAUCAAAAUCAGGGAGACAGAACAUACAAAAGCAGAAAUGAGGAAGCCAGAACAUACUACAGCCAAAAUCAGGGAGACUGGAACAAUAGACGUUAUGAUGAUACUGCAACAAGACGUAUAGGGAGUCAACAAAUAGACUUUGGGCUACAAUAUUCAAACCAGGGCCAUAUCAGUCGCCCCUGGGUGACAGUCAACAGACAGCCCAAUUACAGACAAACAUACACAAGAUACUUAGGCAGAUCUCAAUACAGGGGUAGUAUACCAUUUAGGGAUAAUAGUCAAUUUAGGGGAAACACCCAAUACAGGGGUGACAUCAGUUUCAGAGAGAACUCCAGAUACAGACACAAUAAUCAAUAUGGCUCCCAAGACAGAACCCAACCUUCCAUACAAUAUAAAUCUAAUAACCAAAUUCAGUACACUAAACAAGACAAUGAUCCAAGAAUGAAUCCAAAUGCUGAAAUCCCCCAACAAAAACCAGUGUAUGCGUCUAAAUUCAUCAAUGCUUAUAAUAUGGAUCCUAGUUCCUUACCCACAGGGGCAGCUUACCAGCCUAAUGAUCUUGAGGGAAACAAAGGAACAGAACAAAACAAAAAUGAUGACGAAGAUAACAAAAGAGAUGAUGAUAAAGAACAGCUAUAUAGUAGAAAUACUGAAGAUAGGCAACAGUUAGAUAUUGGUAACAACCAUUAUGGAAGAAGGGAACAACUGCAUAGUGGUAAUACCAACAAUGAUGAGAGGCAACAGUUACACAUUAGUAAAGUGAAAGAUGGAGAUGAUGACAAUAAUGACCAGAUGGUGAAAGUGUACAGAAAGGGACAUAAUUUGAAUCAUGGAAAACAGUUCACAUUCGGACUUAAAUAUGUUGAUGGUUCUGAGAAGAUUUCAAGAGUAGGUGAAGAAACUGGAAUCAAACCUACUGAAAGAGAUGACUUGAAUAACGAGGAUACUUCUAAUAAAAAGAAUGAAGUUGACAUAGUGGCGCCAUCUGUUACACACAAAAGCCGGGUAAUCCCUGGAGGUGGUGUCAGUCAGCAAACAGGAAUUAACCCCCCAGAUAGAAGCAGGUUUGAUGCUGCAAUAUAUGAUAACCAAGGCCGUGACCUGCACCCUGAUUUUAGUCAAUUUGAUGUUGCAAUUUACCCAAAUGAUAAUAGAACGGAUGAAGCUGUAAGAAACAGUCUUAAUCAAGCUAAGCAAGAGAGAAACCCCGCAUUUGGAAAUCAAGAGUUAGCAAAUCUGAAUCAAAUUCCCACAGGCAAUUUCCAAGCUGGUGAUAGAAUAUACCGCGGGCCUGUUUUUAGUCAAACACCUCCACGAGGUAAACCAUUUAAAAAUGGCCCUUUUGAUCAACCUGUGAUUCGAGGCCCAGUGUUCAGUCAGACACCUCCAGAAUUUCCACCAGGCCAAGGUGGUGUACAGCAACCAGUGUAUAGACAGGCCCAAGGACGACGUUUCCAAAUGAAAAGACCCAUGUUUGAUCCUUACUCUGGGCAGGCUCAUUUCUCAAGAUGGAUUCAGAGAAACCCAUGGCAAGUACAAGAGCCAUGUAGUUCAGGCUGUGGAUACAAUGGACCUUGUUCUUCUGGUUGUGGUAGUCGGAGUCAGUUCACCAAUAGGUUUAUGGGUGCUCUCUACCCCUGUGGAGGUGGUAGUCUAGGCCCAUGUUCUGAAAACCAAUGGGAGAAUAACUACCCAGUGCUCACUGACCCUACCCCAUGUUCUGGUAGUGGAUGUAUCAAUGAUCCCCGUCCAUGUGCAGUUCCGGGUGGAUGCCAAGACUUGGAAAUGCAGGAUUCUGGAUGUCCAGAUGGAAACUGUUUGAACCAUGGGGCAGCACCUUGUGCUGUACCAGGCGGCUGUGACAACCUUGAUCCCUUCAUAGGACCCCAGCCCUGUCGGGAUGGAGAGUGUAUGAACCUUGAACCAACUCCAUGUGCAGUUCCAGGUGGAUGUGAUGGCUUAGAUAUGAUGGAUGGAGCUGGGCCAUGUAUGGGUGGAGAUUGUGGCCCACCCUGUGAUAGUGGAGAUUGUCUGAAUCAUGAACCUGCCCCAUGUGCUGUGCCUGGAGGAUGUGAACAAUUUGACUUCCAACCGUCAUUAAACUGUCCAUUUGGGCCAUGUCAGUCAGGGGCAUUGUGUACAGCAAGGGGUUGUCAAGCUUUAGGCCCAUUGCCAUGUGAAAGUGCAGAUUGUGCAGACAAUCAUGAUCAUUCCCCGCCUUGUCAGGAUCCAACAUGUGACCACCACAACAAUCAACAUAGCAACCAGUUACCGUGGAAACCAAAACAUCUUGGCAACAGGAAAGAUGAUGAAUCUGACAGUAACAAUGCAAAGAGAGAUGAAUCUCCUACUAGUAUCCCCAACAUCAUUCCUGACUCAAGCACUAAGGAUAUCAACAAAGGAGCACACACUAAACCAGAUGAGAAUGAAACCCCCACUGAGACCCAGCAGCAUGAGGGGAGGAAGAUCAUGUGUCCUGAUGGUGCACAGUUGGUGCAUACAGAACAGGGACCACAGUGUACAUACCUCAGGAAUGAAGAGUGUAGUCCAAGGUGCCAGAAUGGAGGAACUUGUCAACGUGGCAAGUGUGUCUGCCCCGAAGGUCUACAAGGCAAUGUUUGCCAACAUGAUAUUGAUGAGUGCAGGGAGAAUAAACACACAUGUGAAUAUAGAUGUGAGAACACAUUUGCUGGCCAUGUCUGCACCUGCCCUCCUGGUAUGAAUGUAACAGCCACUGGAGCAUGCAAAGAGCUAUCAUGUGAACCUAAAUGUCGCAAUGGUGGUACAUGCAGCAUGGGAAAAUGCCAAUGUCCGCCAGGAUUUAGGGGCAAGGAUUGUGCUAUAGAUAUUAAUGAGUGUGACAGUGCAACAGGCAAAGGUUUAUGUGAACAUAUUUGUAUGAAUAGCUAUGGAAGCUUCACAUGUCACUGUCCACGGGGACAAAUCCUCAAUGACGACCAACGUACAUGUAAAAAUCAAACAUCCUGUAGCUCAGAGUGCCAGAAUGGAGGUACAUGCAUUGACACCAGAUGCCAAUGUGCUGCAGGAUUCUAUGGCAGACAGUGUGAGCUAGAUAUUGAUGAGUGCCACCAUUUCAAGCCAUGCAGCCACACAUGUGUAAACACCCAGGGGAGCUACAAGUGCCAGUGCCCAGAGGGGUACACUCUCCAGUAUAAUAAACGAAGGUGUGAACCCCUUGAGGAUAAAAACAACAGGCAAAGAGAAAGAGAGAGACAAUAUAAACAGAGAUCAAGAAGCUAA